GCCGUGGAGAAGGGCUGGACCGCGGUCUACACGCGGUCGGUCGAGAGUAGGCUGUCGCGCGUGCACGUGCUCACAGGCGACGUUCUCACCGCCUGGCGCCUCGUCAACGCCUCCGACCGCGCCACAGACGCCCCCGCGCUGCAGAUUGUACGCGCUGUGACCCAACCGGACGACAUGCCAGUGGUCGGCAUGCAGGUGGCGGAG